AUGAAACAUUUCAAGUUAAAGCCAUAUAAACCACGAUUAUUACAAGCCUUGAACGAAUAUGAUCCGGACCAACGAGUAGAAUUUUGUGAAUGGAUCAUAAAUUCUACAGAAGAAGAUUUAACUGUGUUAGAUCAAAUUCUAUGGACGGACGAAGCUAUCUUUCAAAUAAAUGGUCGAGUUAAUAGACACAAUUGUGUAUACUGGAGUGAUUCAAAUCCGCACCUUAUCAUCGAAGAAGAACUCAAUGUACCACGUGUAGCUGUGUGGGGAGGAAUCUGGUCUGAUGGAGUUAUUAAUCCAUAUUUUUUUGAUAGUAAUGUUACAUCACAAAAUUAUCUUGAAAUGCUGAAGCAUACUAUCGUAUCACAACUUCAAACACAUCCAACUUUCCCGACAAUGAUUUGUCAACAAGAUGGUGCACCACCACAUUAUGGUAAAGUUGUACGAGAUUUUUUAGAUAAUACGUUCGUUGAAUGGAUUGGUCGUCGAGAAACUGUUGAAUGGCCUCCACGCUCACCUGAUUUAACUCCCUGUGAUUUCUCAUUAUGGGGUAUCGUAAAGGACCGUGUUUAUACAGAAAAGCCUCGUAAUAUAAAUCAUAUGAAGUCUCUAAUUCAACAAGAAUUUACAUCGCUCAACGAUGUUAUUGAAUUAUGUCAAGCGAUUUGUCGAUCUGUAGGUGAUCGUUGUCAAAUGUGUAUCAACAAUGCAGGCAAACAAUUUGAACACUUACGUUAA